GUUUCUUCUCACGCUGUAGGAAGGCCAGGCUGCUUUUGGAAAAUGGCUGACUAAGUUGAUCUGAAAACACACGAGAGAAAACAACAAGGAAAAAGGUUCAGAAAUGUUUGGCUUCAACAUGUUCGAGCCGAUGCCAAGGGUCUUCAAGACUCAGUAUCGCUGCUACUCAGUGGCCAUGCUUCCAGGGAAUGAAAGAAAAGACGUAGAAAGAGGAGGAAAGAUUAUCAUGCCACCAUCAGCACUGGAUCAGCUAACGAGGUUGAAUAUAGUGUACCCUAUGCUUUUCAAACUGACAAACAACCGAAUAGACAGAUCAACCCACUGUGGUGUCCUGGAAUUUGUAGCCGACGAAGGGAAGAUCUAUCUUCCGCACUGGAUGAUGCGCAAUAUGCUUCUUGAUGAAGGAGGACUUCUACAAGUUGAAAGCGCAUCCUUGCCAGUAGCAUCAUUUGCCAAAUUCCAGCCACAGUCCGUCGAUUUCUUGGACAUCACCAAUCCUAAAGCUGUCCUAGAAAAUGCCUUGAGAUCCUUUGCUUGCUUGACAACCGGUGAUAUCAUAGCCAUCAAAUAUAAUGACAAGAUAUAUGAAUUUCUCGUCAUGGAAACCAAACCAGGAAAGGCUGUAUCUAUCAUAGAAUGCGACAUGCAGGUGGAGUUUGCAGCACCGGUUGGCUAUGUUGAGCCCAAGAGACAACAGCAACAAGUGAAAAAAAUGGAAGAGGAAUCUGAAGAACCUCACCCUGCUGCUCAGGUUACUAAACUGGCUUUCACUGGUGAAGGUUUCCGUCUAGAUGGAAAGAAGAAGAAGAUGAAUGUCUCUUCUGAACCAGUACCAUUAGAGCCAGUGGUCAUCAAGCGAGGUAUUCCUAACUAUGACUACAAAAAAGGAAAGAUUACAUUCAAGAGAAACUUUUACAAACCAAGCAAUUCUCAGACAAAGGAAACACCUCAGCCUGAAUUUGAAGCUUUCAAGGGUGAAGGGAAGACUCUAAGACAAAAACGAAAAAAUCGACCUUAAGCCAGUUGCAAGGCUUAAGGUACCAGUUAUUAUGUUUCCACGUUGUACUUAUGAACUACACCAAGGGACAGGUUCAAGCUAUUUCAAAGUGAGGGAUAGACAUGGAAAGACAUUCAACUAAAACUUUUAAGGACCAGACCAGGUCCAGGUACUCUAAGUGUUGAAGAAAAAUCAAUCAGCAUCAAUAAGAAAAUAUAUGAAUGUUCUAGAAAAAAACCUUUGCAAAGACACUUCAUGCUUAAUAGCAAGUGCUUCAUGGUUCAAACUUAAACCUACUUUUUAUCAUGGAAUUAUCCUUUAAUUAUUCUCUAUAAAAAUGAUGUAAAGAAUUUAAAAGGAAAGUAUAAAUCAAGAA